AUGCGCCGGGCGUUGCGCCUCGGCUAUCACGCCUUCGUACCGAAAGGCGCGGUUCUCCAGACUGAUGUGCUCGCGUCUUCGCCACACUUAACGACAGCCGUAUUCCGCGAGACGGAGGCGGCGGCUGCGCGUGCCGACAAGGCAAAGGAGGACGCGGGUUUCUUCAGUCGCCCCCGUUUGAACUACCCGGCCGCGAGUGGCAUCCCUGCCCUCAUAUCCGGGAAGCAGUUAAACGUGCAGUACGAUGUUUUUCACCGCGAUGUGGUGGCGACGCUUAACCGGCACACGUUGGGCACCGUGCUCGAGGGCCACAACCUCGAGACGGUCAUCCGCAAGACGUCAUUCGACGCCACACAGGCGGUGACGCACACUGCGGCGGCGGAGCAUUUCAACUACUGCUUCUUCUACAAGUCGUUGCGACCGUGGGGCACGUCAGUGCCCGCGCAACUUCGUGAAGCAUUCCAGCUGCAGUACAGCUGCAACGGCUCGCUUGAUGCUGUGGAAGGUGUUAAGCGACUUAUGACGACGACGGCGCUGUCGCACCAAGAGCGCUGCGGCUGGAUCUAUCUUGUGUGGACGGGAAAGGUAUUCGAUGUGGUGGAGUUUCCACAUGGUUCGUGUCCCAUUGCUAGUGACCUUAUCCCGCUUCUGGCCAUCAACGUGCACGAAAGCGCCUACAGCCUUGACUAUGGUGUUGCAGGGUUGGAACAGUACGUGCAAAACUACUUCAAAGCCUGUAAUUGGCCCCUUGCGGAGCGGUACUACUUACAGGCAACCGGGCAGGCGCAAACUGAGGCAUAG